UGGGCAUCUACUAAACUGGUCAGUUGUGUUGAUUGAUGUACGAACUUCAAAUCAACAGCCAACCAGCCAAUUGAAUCACAAGAAAUGUGGCGAUUGAGGUCGAGUAGUCAGAAUAUCUAGGCUCAGAAGAUUGUGACCAAUGGCAGCCCAAGAUAUUAUUUGCAGGUUGAACGAGUUACCAGAAAGUUUUCUCUGCUCCAACAUUAUCUCCUGCCUUCCCCUCAUUGAUGCCGUACUCUCCUCCAUUCUCUGUAGUAAGUGGCGAUAUCUCUGGACUAAAAUUUCCCAUCUUAGUUUUACUCCUGAAUUCUUUAGCCAUCUAUUCGAUCGAGAAGAAGAAGAUGUUAUAAAUGUCAGAGAGACAAUGGAGCACAUUCUGAUGCAGCACGAUGCCCCUCUUGAGAGUUUUGGCUUUCAUAUUUCUAGGUGGUCUUGUAAUGUUCCAAUAUAUGUGAAUGUCUUGGACGAAAUUCAAAUAGAGCAAUGCAUUCAUCAUGCAGCCAAAAAAGGAGUGAAAAGGAUGCUUCUCAAAGUUGAUGCCGAUUUCAGAGGCUUGAAAAUGGAUCUACCUGUUACUGCUUUUGGUUGUAAUGCCCUCCUGUAUUUGGAACUUUCCCGCUUUGUGAUUCCUCAAAUACCCAAGCCUACUCCAUCUGAGAAUUUCCCAUUCCUGAAAACUUGUUGUCUACGUAAUAUUGAGAAUCUUACUGACAGGAGUCUACAGGGAUUCCUAGAGCUAUGCCCGGUUCUCCAGAAGUUAGUGAUCUUAAGUUGUAAAGAAUUAAUAGAUUUGAAAGUCCAGGCUGCUAAUCUCAAUUGUUUUAUCUUAUUAGGUUGUUCUUAUGUAGAAUCCUUGAUAGCAGACUGUCCACAAUUGUGUCAAGUCAAGAUAGGUAGUGAUUCUAGCUUAGCUAAAGUGCUGAUAAAUACUUAUAAUCUGGUUGAGCUAAAAGUAUGGGAUUGUCGCAUAUUAUCAAAAAUGCAGAUAAAUUCUUGUGUUUUCCUAAAGGAAGUUGGAUCGCUUGAAGCACUGUCAAUUGAAGGACAUUCAAAUGUUGGAUCAUUGAGAAAAUUAUCCCUAACCAGUUGCUCAUCAUCAAGAUUUCAUCGCUUCUACUGUCCAACUCUUGUCGGCAUCUUUCCUGACCUUGAAGAACUCAAAGUAUUUCCAUCCAUGAUGGGAACUUCAAUGGUAAGGGGGGAGAAGAAUACAUCAGACUUCAUGUUUCCUAAUCUGAAGAAGGCAUCUCUAUUUAUUUCAUCACGUCAGAGUAAAGAAGAUGUAGCCGUGUUGGGUUUUGUUCUUAGAAAUUCUCCUUCCUUGAAUACUUUAAUAGUAAAUCUGUUGUUUUGCUUUGAAGAUUUUGAUGACCUAGAGUUCAAAAAUCAAUUACUUGGUCUGAAACGAGCAUCUAAAGAGGUAGAAAUAAAAGUAUUGAAUGAGGAUGAUGAUGAAGAUGAAGAGGAGUAUUACGAGGAACCAGAAGAUGAUGAGGUUGAAGAGGAGUAUUAUGAGGAAAGAGAAGAUGCAUCUCCAUUUAGGAACCAAAAUGAUAUGCAAGAUUCUGAUUGGUCUAGAUCAGAGGAUGGAUUUUGGGAUAGAGAUGAUGAUUAUACGAGUCCUAGACUUCUUCCUCAUCUGAUGGCUCAUAUAGAGGAUUGUUAGGGUUUCAAUCAGAUCCGAAGCAAAUAUGAACUAACAAUUAUAUGCAGAUUUAAAUACAAAAGAUAAAGAAAUAAAACAAGACACAGAUAACACAGAGAUUUAACGUGGUUCACCCAGAAUGGGUUACGUCCACCAUACACAGUCAUCCAAUCUUUCUUAUUAUCCAGCAAAAACAGUACAUCAACCUUACAAUGCCUUAAGCAUCCCAGCCGCUUAUAACAUGCAUUUUUAGGGCAACAAACAAAGUCAUCCUUUUUAGGGUUUUAUUACAAUGUCAGUUUUCAUCAACGAAAAAACGGACCAGUCACCCGGCGAGGAUACAUGCUGAGUGUACAGUACUUUGCUGAUCAGUCACCACAUUUCAACAAGGAUGACCACGACUAUGAACAUUACAGAGGUCAAAGAGGUUUGAGUGACACUUGGGGUUUUUAAUAUGAAUAUGAAUAUGAAUAUUUAUGGUUGUCCUUUAUGGUUCAAGUCUUUAUGAAUAUGAUAUGUAUAGCACUGUAACAAUUUCACAAAAGAGAAGCUAGAAUGUAUUUAUGUACUAUUUGGUUUAAAUGUUCACAGCUUUACAGCUAUUGUAAGCA